AAAGGCAGGUAGAUCAGAAGUCUCAGUUGCUGAGAAAGAGGGAGGGAGGGUGAGCCAGAGGUACCUUCUACCCCAUUGUAGAGAAAAGUGAAGUUGUUUUAGAGCCACGUUACAUCUUCAAGGCUUUUUAUGAGAUAAUGGAGGAAAUAAAGAGGGCUCAGUCCUUCUACUGUCCAUAUUUCAUUCUCAAAUCUGUUAUUAGAGGAAUGAUUGUCAUCUCCACCUACCAUACACAUGCCCUUUUGCUUGUUGGGCCUUCCUAAAAUGUUAGAGUAUGAUGACAGAUGGAGUUGUCUGGGUACAUUUGUGUGCAUUUAAGGGUGAUAGUGUAUUUGCUCCUUAAGAGCUGAGUGUUUGAGCCUCUGUUUGUGUGUAAUUGAGUGUGCAUGUGUGGGAGUGAAAUUGUGGAAUGUGUAUGCUCAUAGCACUGAGUGAAAAUAAAAGAUUGUAUAAAUCGUGGGGCGUGUGGAAUUGUGUGUGCCUGUGCGUGUGCAGUAUUUUUUUUUUUUUAAGUAAGCCACUUUAGAUCUUGUCGCCUCCCCUGUCUUCUGUGAUUGAUUUUGCGAGGCUAAUGGUGCGUAAAAGGGCUGGUGAGAUCUGGGGGCGCCUCCUAGCCUGACGUCAGAGAGAGAGUUUAAAACAGAGGGAGACGGUUGAGAGCACACAAGCCGCUUUAGGAGCGAGGUUCGGAGCCAUCGCUGCUGCCUGCUGAUCCGCGCCUAGAGUUUGACCAGCCACUCUCCAGCUCGGCUUUCCCGGCGCCGCCGAGAUGCUGUCCUGCCGCCUCCAGUGCGCGCUGGCUGCGCUGUCCAUCGUCCUGGCCCUGGGCGGUGUCACCGGCGCUCCCUCGGACCCCAGACUCCGUCAGUUUCUGCAGAAGUCCCUGGCUGCUGCCGCGGGGAAGCAGGAACUGGCCAAGUACUUCUUGGCAGAGCUGCUGUCUGAACCCAACCAGACGGAGAAUGAUGCCCUGGAACCUGAAGAUCUGUCCCAGGCUGCUGAGCAGGAUGAAAUGAGGCUUGAGCUGCAGAGAUCUGCUAACUCAAACCCGGCUAUGGCACCCCGAGAACGCAAAGCUGGCUGCAAGAAUUUCUUCUGGAAGACUUUCACAUCCUGUUAGCUUUCUUAACUAGUAUUGUCCAUAUCAGACCUCUGAUCCCUCGCCCCCACACCCCAUCUCUCUUCCCUAAUCCUCCAAGUCUUCAGCGAGACCCUUGCAUUAGAAACUGAAAACUGUAAAUACAAAAUAAAAUUAUGGUGAAAUUAUGAAAAAUGUGAA